UCAAUCAUCUUUAAUUUCUUCAUUCAUUCAUUGCCUUAUUACCAUUUUGCUAUAAUGCAUGCUAUGUCUAGACUUCAAUCAUAAUUGGUCUGAAUAGUAGUUCAAUACUUGGAUUUCUUUUUAACUGAAGAGUUUCAUUAUUGUAUAUGGAGGAAGAGGCACCACUAUCUCUAAGGGUAAACUCUAGGAGAAGCAGGACUAUGGUGCUCCCUAUGGAGAUAGACCCGCCUAUGCCUUCAAAAGAAGCAGUUACAGUUGAAAAGAAGGAAGUGAAGCAUUUCAUGAAAUGGGUUUCUUGGUUGAUACCAACCUUUGUCAUUGCAAAUGUGUUUGUGUUCAUCAUCACCAUGUAUGUCAACAAUUGUCCCAAGAAUUCAUAUUCCUGCAUUGCCAGGUUCCUUGGCCGUUUCUGCUUUCAGUCCUUCCAUGAGAAUCCCCUUCUUGGGCCUUCCACUUUCACGCUAGAGAAAAUGGGGGCUUUGGACGUGCAAAAAGUGGUUUACAGAAAGCAGGUUUGGCGCCUCAUCACAUGCAUAUGGUUACAUGGAGGGGUGUUCCACUUAUUGGCAAAUAUGUUUGGUAUUAUAAUCAUUGGGGUUCGCCUUGAGCAAGAUGCUCAUUGGGUUGCUAUAUGUCAUUUCUGGAUUCGGGGGUAG